AUGUCAUCCGUUUUCAACAUCCAUACUUACUGGCGGUGCCUGGUUGACGAUGUCAAGACCGAAAGGAGCUGCCAUUUCGCUAGUUUGAAGAAGAGAUGGGUGAGGAAGAUGGAGGUAAGUAUGUUUCCAAUGCCUGGAGCACCAAGUCAGCCCUCGGUCCGGCUCGUAGUAUUGCACCUGCUGGUCCAUGUCAAGAAUCAGUCAGCUGAUGAGUGCAUGGCAGUCCUCCCCUCGUCCGCUCCGAAUGUCAUUUGUGGCAUUUUUGUGGAGCAGGCAAGCUCAUUAUUACCUUCCAAGAGCUCAGAGCUGAACGCCAAAAGUGGCAAUUUUGCGGAACGCCAUGCCUGA